AUGGCAGCUAACAGAAUCACGCCGCAGCAGGUCAAUAGAGAUCAGAUUUUUGGGAUGGCAGAGAAAGAGAUGGAAUACAGGGUGGAAAUGUUUAACAAGCUUACUCAGACGUGUUUUGCUAAGUGUGUUGAGAAUAGGUACAAGGAAUCUGAGUUGAACAUGGGUGAAAACAGUUGCAUUGAUCGCUGUGUCUCAAAGUAUUGGCAGGUUACAAAUCUAGUCGGUCAGUUGCUUGGUAAUCAAGGACCUAUGUGA